GAGGGUGGGUGGACAGCCUGGAGCCUGACCUCAGGCUCGGUCCCUGCGCUGUGAAUGAAGGGGCCCAACUUCCUUGGGAAGUGUGGCAGCCCCACCCCCCACCUUUCAACUUACUUAAAGACUCAGCUAGUUAGAGGCUCAGCCGGGCGGGGCCCUUCCGCUGAGAGGAAACCCGAGCCCGGGGCCAGAGGGGUCUAGGGGCCCUAGGUGGGGAAAGAUCUGGGUCCCCCACCUUAAAGACAGCAUGGGGAUGGGGCGGCCCGCCGAUGCCGGCGCCCUGGCGGAGGCAGUACGCGCCAGAGGAGCUGGCUGGGGACGUCUGCUCUGCCUCCCCCAAGUCUGGUCUUCGCAGGGUGGGAGGGGAGCUCGCUGACCCCACAGCCAGGGGCACCUCUUCCACUCAAGAACCUGAGAAGUGGGCUGCUCUGAGGGCAAGCGGGGGUGCCCCCCGAAGUAGACCAGUUGGAGCAGGGAGGGGCCCGGUGUGGCGAGCCCUGCUGGAGCCAGCAGCGCCCGUCCUCCAGGUCCUACUCCUUGUGCUGCCGGGCGCCCGGGGCCAGCACAGCACUCCCGGUCCUCCGUGUGACUGUGCCUACAAUGUCCAGAAGAGGAGCGGUCUGUUCUGUUGCAAGGGCUGUCCAGCAGGGCACUACCUGAAGGCCCCCUGCCCAAAGCCUUGCGGAACUGCCACCUGCCUUCCGUGCCCCCGGGGCACCUUCCUGGCCAGGGAGAACCACCAUGAGACCCGCUGUAACCGCUGCCAGGCCUGUGAUGAGGAGGUCUCCCAGGUGGCCGUGACGAACUGCUCAACGGUGGCGGACACCCACUGUGGCUGUGAGCCAGGUUGGUUCCCGGAGUGCUUGGUCAAGCCCUGCAAGGUCGGCUCGCCCUUCCGCUGCCACCCAUGCUCAGACUGCAGGGCCCUGCACCGCCACACACGGGUGCCCUGUUCUGCCAGCGAUUCGAACUGCGGGACCUGCCUGCCUGGCUUCUAUGAAGAGGGCAACAGCUGCGCGCCCUGCCCCACGAGCACCCUCGGGAGCUGUCCUGAGCCCUGCGUGACUGUUUGUGGCUGGAGGCAGAUGUUCUGGGUCCAGGUGCUCCUGGCUGGCCUGGUGGUCCCACUCCUGCUUGGUGCUAUGCUGACCUAUACCUACCACCGCUGCCAACCUUGCAAGCCCAGUGUUGCUAAUUCUCUUUGUCCCUCGGCAGAUGAAGCUGGGACAGAGGCCCUGACUCCCCUACAGGCCACCCACCUCUCACCCAGGGACAGCACCCACGCUUUCCUAAUGCCACUCGGCAGGAGUGAGAAGGUCCACACCGUCCAGCUGGUUGGCAACGGCUGGAGCCCUGGCUCCCCCCAGACCCAGGAGGCACCCUGCCCACAGGUGGCAUGGUCCUGGGACACACUGCACAGCGGAACUCUUGGGCCCCCGCCGCCCCCCACGCUCUCGCCAGCGCCCCCUGCAGGCUCGGCGGCCGCCACGCUCCAGCCGGGCCCGCAGCUCUACGACGUGAUGGACGCGGUGCCCGCCCGGCGCUGGAAGGAGUUCGUGCGCACCCUGGGGCUGCGCGAGGCGGAGAUCGAGGCCGUGGAGGUGGAGGUCGGCCGCUUCCGCGACCAGCAGUACGAGAUGCUCAAGCGCUGGCGCCAGCAGCAGCCCGCGGGCUUGGGCGCCGUCUACGCGGCGCUGGAGCGCAUGGGGCUGGACGGCUGCGCCGAAGACCUGCGCAGCCGCCUGCAGCGCGGCCCAUGACCCAGGGCGUGGCCCCAUCAACCCCGCCGCCCCGGAGCUCGGCGGC